AAAGAGCAGAGAGCAGAAGAUACAGUACGGAAGCAAAUGCGUGAUCUCAGCAAUAAAAUUGGUCUUUCAAUACAGCCUGUUUUCAUAAGCCGAAAGCUUGAGCAAGACAUGAAACUCAAGGAAACGAAGCCAUCGAUUGUUAAUAAGCAAUGCAUUGUUUACUUAUUCAAAUGUAGUCUGUGUGAUGCAGACUAUGUUGGGUAUACAACCCGACAUCUUCAUCAACGCAUUGCUGAACACAAAUUUUCGGCGAUUGGAAAGCACCUUUCGGACAGUCACGAAGAUAAGAACUUGUUAGAUGAAAGCCAAUUUUGCGUUUUGCGGAAGUGUCAAGGCAAAUUUGACUGUCUCAUUAAUGAAAUGCUCUUUAUCAAGAAACUUGCCCCUAGUUUGAAUACCCAGAGCGACUCAAUUAGAGCAAAACUCUUUGUUUGACUUUGAAUUUUAUUAAUGACAUUGUUUUAAUUUAGUAUACAGGGUGUAUCAAAAAAAGCGCAACCUCGGAAUUUCCCAAGAAAUCGACAUUGUUUUAAAGACAAAAGAUUUUAGGCGCCUGGGAAUUUAAAAUAGCACAACUGUCAAAAUUACUGCACACGCGAGUGCAUAAAGCAAAAAUUAUGCAUUUAUUUAAUGCACAACAACAGUAAUAUGAUCUAUUAGCAAUUCGAUUUCAAUUCCCAGGGGCCUAAAAUCUUUUAUGCUUAAGAAUUGCAAAGUGAUUUCUUAGGAAAUUCCGAGGUUGCGUUUUUUUUUAUACACCCUGUAUAUGGAACUCCUAAUUCUUAUUUUAUUUACUUGAUAAUGACGUGUGUUAACGUCGAAACGUCGUCGGUUUUUUAAAACUUUUUAUUACAUUCUGAAAUGAUUUUCAGAAACAUUUUAGCGCAACAUUUUAUUGUGAAAUUUAAGUACAUUUGCUUCAAUUAUUACUUGUAGGUCAACGAUACCAAAUAUUUAAAAUUGUGCUUAUGGGUGCAUAAACUAUUUAAUCAUUAGGCAUCCCCGCGGCCCUAUCUCUAGCUAAUUGGAAUAUAAUUUUAACAAAUUUCAAAAUUAAUCAUGUUCUUCAAAAAUCUCAUUAUGCAAAUGUCAUACUGAUCAGAUUUGCAUAUCAAACAAAGUUGAAGAGUUUUAUUCAGUGUCUUAAUCAAAGCACGGGUGACUAAAAUAUAUGCUUGCAUGUAUCAUCCGUAAACAAUAUUGCUGAAUUAAACUAUGUCACUGCAGUUUUGAAUCUAAUUUAUACACAGUAGAUAAAGUAGUGGCCUCAGUUUGUAUAGUCAUUUUGUUUGAUUUCACUUGAUUGUAUUUUGUAAUUUGUUUCCGCUUGUAAGCUAAUGUUCAAACCUUUGCUGUGGCUCUAAUUCCAUAGUAUUGUAAAUUACUGAUCAGAAUUUGUGAUUACUAGUGUGAAACCUCAAUUUUUGAGGCAAUAGUCUGUCAAGAUAUGAUGGUCUGGAAGUCCGGCACACUCCAAAGCUUGUUUGGAAAUUUUUUUUGUCAAAACGACAAUUGUUGUUUGCAAUAAUUGUUGUUUGGCAAACUCCAAAGCUUGUUUGGAAUUCGUUGUUUGCUGUUGUUUGUCUCAACUUCAUUAAAUAUUUUUCAUCUUCGUUACACUUUCGUGUCAGCUAUUCCUAUUGGACGCUUACUUAAUUAUGGAUGGAAUACUGGUUAAUUAUUAAAGAUGGAAUACUGGUUACUUAUAUUAAUUGUAACUGGUUCGGUUGGUAUCUUGGACGCUGUUUUGUUUUGUUUUGUUUUGUUUUGUUUCGUUUCGUUGUGUUGUGUUGUGUUUUGUUUUGUUUUGUUUUGUUGUGUUUUGUUUUGUUUUGUUUUGUUUCGUUUCGUUUUGUUUUUCCGGUUGUCCAUUUGUUUUGCUGAGUAUUCACCAAAUCUUGUUGCAAGAUUUUUAAUGCAGUUGACAAGUCUUCCUUUUCGCUUUCUAAGUCUUGUAUUCUUUUGUCUGUCUGCGCAUAUUUGCCCUGAAGUAUAGUGUUAGUUUUGCUACUGUAAUUAAACUUUGCUUUUCGCUUUUAAGUUCUUACAUCUUCGAUUUCAGAUCCGCCAUACCAUGACUUAGGAUUUCAUUUGCCUCUCUUAAUUAAGACGGUGUUUUCUUUGAUUAGAUUAGCUUUUUCAUUCUUUAAAUCAUUAACCACGUCCUCCAAAUUUACUGUACAAUCGAAUAAACCUUGUUCUCUUUAAUGUUUAUUAUUCCUCAUUGAGUACCUCCAGUCUGUUGGUGACAUUUUCAGCAAAUCUCUCUAGAUUAUGCUUAAGGUGGCUCGCUACAGUUUAUAGAAAUGUUGAAAAUGCGUAAACUAGAUCACUUGAAGAGAUGAUGCUCUUUACAAAUCGAAAUUUGUAUAUUAUAUAUACAGCGACAAUCAAACAGUCGAAAAUUGGUCAGAAAAGUGACGUCACCACUGUUGCUAUGGCAACAAUGACGAUUCAAGAUGGCCGAUAUUUUGGCUUUGAACGCAUUUUACUUUAAAAAAAGGUCGGUUACCCCCAUUUUUUAUUUCAGAAACCAUUUUCUUAUAGUACAAUACACUAUCUGACCAAUUUUUAUAAACAUGGUUUUUCGAAAUAAUUUUUUUUGCAUUACAGAAUUUUUUUAAAAUUGGUCAGAUAGUGCAUUGCUCUAUAAGAAAAUGUUUUCUGAUAUAAAAAAUGGGGGUAACCGACCUUUUUUUAAAGUAAAAUGCGUUCAAAGCCAAAAUAUCGGCCAUCUUGAAUCGUCAUUGUUGCCAUAGCAACAGUGGUGACGUCACUUUUCUGACCAAUUUUCGACUGUUUGAUUGUCGCUGUAUAUAUAAUAUGCAAAUUUCGAUUUGUAAAGAGCAUCAUCUCUUCAAAAAGGUGAUCUAGUUUACGCAUUUUCAACAUUAUUCACGAAAUAUUGAUAUCCGAAACGUAUCCUUAUUAAUCUGCAUUAUUCUUAGACGAUGUCAUAUUUUCUAUAGCUGAAAUAUGUUAAUAGAUCAUUGAUUAAUAUUUUUGCGUGUGUAUUUAUCUUAAUUAACCAAUCAUUAUAGAAAGUUUUAUCAUUGUAUAAAGUCGAGUAUGAAGUAGAUGGUUUAAUAAUAUCAUGGCUUCUGCAUUGCCCGUUCGACGUCGAAGACCAAGAAGUGUGGGUGUACCAAAAAGAAUUUCAUUAACAAAUUCAACUUACGCCCUUUGGAUGAAAAGAAAAGAAAGUCUUGGAAUACGGGGGCUUUCAAAUAGGGAGUUCGCUGAAAUCCUGCUCCAUCAAAGCAUGGACGAACUGCAUGAACGUUGCAGGCGAUGGGGUAGGAAUCAGGAUUUCAUGAAAACACCAGCAGGUAAAUAUACUGAAGUUUUUGGUUUAUAAUAAAGCUAACCCUUGCGAAAGUAAGAAUAUUAUAUUGCUAUUUUAAAACUAUUUUAUUACUAUCACCCCUAUUUUUAUGCUAUUUUAUUCAGAGGCAACCCUAUUUUAAUUCUAUCAUAAUAUUUCACCAAAAGAAAGAACCAUAUUUUAUUAAUGUUUUAUUUUAUAAAUAAAAUCGCAUAUUUAAAAUUUUUAAAUAAAAUCGCAUAUUUUAAUACUAUUUUCUGGAGCUUCAGGGAAAAAAUAGGUUUAAAAUACCCUAUUUAAAUUCUAUUUUACUUCACUAAAAAGCAGUUAGAAAUUAAAAUAGAUAUAAAAUUUACUAUUUUUAAACUCAUAAAAUAAAAUAGACUGUUACAUUGUUAGUUAAGUUACAUUGCAAGUUAAAUGCACAAAUUUCAAACAGGAAUAAAAUAUACUAUUUUAAUCCUAUCUUUCUUUCAUAGUUAGCAAAAUAACAAUAAAAUAGACUAUUUUAAACAUAUUUUGCACGUGCAGAAAAUUACAUAAAUUAAAAUAGAUAUAAAAUAUAGUAUUUUAAAGCUAUUUAUUUUUAAGAAUACGCAAAACAGAGUAAAUUAGACUAUUUUAAACCUAUUUCACAUUUUUAAAAAUGGCACAUCUUUCAAAUAGGGAUAAAAUAUACUAUUUUAAACCUAUUUACUUUCCCUAAUUUGCAAAAUAUAAUAAAAUACACUAUUUUAAUCCUAUUUUACAUUUACAGGAAUUCAGGAUUACAAUUUGCAGAUAUGUAUAAAAUAGUCUAUUUAAAUUAAAACAUACUGAAUUUUCCUACUUAGCAAAAUGAAAUAAAAUAGAACCGUAUUUUACAUUUACACAGAUAAAGGACCAAUCAUUAAUAAUGGAAGGGGGGUGAGGGGAGGGGCGGAGGGUGAGAAAAGGGGAGGCUUCAACUAUUGCGUACAGCGACAUUCCCACUGGUCAUCCCAUACAGUGCUUCCACUUGCAAGGAAAUUUCUUUGCAAAAAGAAAUAAGAUUUACCAGGAAACGGCAAGGAAUUUUGUUUUCAGCAAGGAAAUAAGGAUAUUACGUUAUUUCUAAUAAAUCCUAAGAUCAUAGCAAUUCCCAAGCAAAUUCGCGUCAGGAAAUGUCGAAAAUCCAAAUCCUACUCCUGGGGAAUGGAAAAUGUGAAAAAUGUCUGAGGCAUGACCUCAAGCCUCCUGUUAAAGUUUUUUAUCAUUAAUUUAUAAUUUAUAAUUGCAUCGUUCAUGGUGUUUCUCGCCCGAGAAACACACCGUGAUUCAGGAUAAAUUAUUGUAAUAUCAGUUUUAAACUAGGUAAAAUUCAUCUUCUUUAGUGGAAGGAAUUUUUGUCAAAAAUAAAGAAAUUUUGAGCAGUUGGGAAGGAAACUCUUUUUUUGGAAGUGGAAGUGGAAGCACUGAAUUUACACCCCGUCAUAUUUAUUAUAAUCAGUUCGUGAUUUCGAAGUUACAAUAUUUCGCUCGAUAUUUUGAGCCGAUGAAGCUUUAAUAAGCGAAGAUGAAACAUCAGGGAUGAUUGAGUGAUAUCCAGGUAAGAAUCUUGUUAUGUUUUAUGUAUAAUAGAGCAAUUUUGAAAGGAAAUAUUUGCUAUCUUCAUUCGUGAAUUUUGAGAAUGCACGUGUUUGAUGACCUUUGAUGUUUCGGCUUAUAAUUUGAAUUUGCCGCGACAAUUUCGAAGUAUAAGUUACAAUAUUUCGCUCGAUAUUUCGAGCCGAUGAAGCCUUAAUAAGCGAAGAUGAAACAUCAGGGAUGACUGAGUAAUAUCCAGCUAAGAAUCUUGUUAUGUUUUAUGUAUAAUAGAGCAAUUUUGAAAGAAAUAUUUUCUACUUCAAUCUUCAUUCGUGAAUUUUGAGAAUGCACGUGCUUGAUGUUCGGGCUUAAAAUUUGAAUUUGCCGCGACAAUAUUUAAAACGAUGAUAUAAACAUUAGUUUAAUUAGUUUAAGGCUUACAUUUGACUCAGUCUUUACAUUAAAUUAUGUUUAUUGUAACUAUAAUGCCAAAUAGUUAAUAGAUGUGUAUAUGACAGAUUGCUAGAUUCCAGUGGCAGUGUUUUUUGUAUCAAAAUUAAAUAAUAUAUUGUAGCUUGGCAUCUACUCAAUCCUCAAUUCUUUAUAUGCUUAUAAAUACCUAGGCAUAUCCCAGCUAAAUGUGCAUGUCUCAGUUACAAUAGUCAUUGAAUAAAAAUUAUUCUGAAUAAGGAGUGCAUUAUAUAAUAAUAAUUAACACACAAUUUAUAAAAACUGUAUGUUUUGAAUCACUAUGUUGAUGACUGCUUCUUGAUGACAACGCUAUGUUGACGACUGCUUCCUGAUUUUCCAGUCUGCUGAUCAUAUACCUCAAUUUCUCUCUUAUUUAAAUCGCCAACACCCUAAUAUUAAAUUCACCAGUGAAGUUGAAUCUAGUUCCACACUUCCCUUUCUUGAUAUCAGCAUUUCUCGUAAGAAUGGUGUUUUCGAAACUUCCGUCUAUCGAAAGCCCACCUUCACAGGUCUGUUUACCAACUUCCGUAGCUUUAUUCCUUUUCAAUAUAAACGGAGCUUAGUUUCUUCUCUUAUACAUCGUUUCUUUAGUCUUUGCUCCAAUUAUGAGAACUUUCACGCUCAGUUAGAACUAUACCGCCAGAUUCUUAAUAAGAAUUGUUAUCCAACUCGUCUUUUUGAUCGCUGCGUACGAACAUUUUUAGAAAAUGUGUCUCAACCCAAACCAGCUGUUCAUUCUGCUCCUAAGAAAGUCCUAUAUUUUUCCCUUCCAUAUACUGGCGCUAACUCUCUUCAAAUUCGCACCCAAAUCUCCCGUCUUUGUUCCUCAGCCUUUCCUCAUCUUAAUAUUAGAUUCGUUUUUCGUCCAACUUUACGUUUGUCCCAACUCUUCACCUUUAAGGACAAAAUUCCUAAGGCUUUAAGAUCUUGUGUUGUGUGUUCUUUCACGUGUCGUUGCUGUUCCGCAACGUAUUUGGGCCAAACGGUCCGUCACUUGCACACACGAGUAUCUGAACACUUGGGUGUUUCUCCUAUAACAGGCAGUAAAAGCAGUAAUCCGACCAUGUCUAGUAUCCUUUCCCAUCUCGAUAGCACUGGUCACUCCGCUUCUCUUAAUGACUUUAAGAUUAUUUCUUGUUGCUCUUCUCCAGACAAACUCCUCAUUCGAGAAAGUCUUCUCAUUAACUCAUUAACAAACUCAAACCCCCUCUCAACUUACAAGGCAGGUCCCUCUACUUCUACUCUGAUCCACUCCUCUUUCUACUUUUGUAAUAUAAUAUCUUGUAAAUAGUUGUAAUUUAUUCAUAUUUCUGUGUUUUCCGCUUUGUAUGUCAUUGCUCUGAAGAUGUCUUAAGUUAAAGACGAAACGUUAGCUUUCUAAUAAAUAUUUUAAACUAUAUUUUUGUAAUGGCUCUUUUACGUAUUUUCUGCUGGGCAUUAAUAUUUAUCUUAAGAUUACGAUUCCCGCCUGGUUCAUCUAUCGCAAGUAUUCAAGUUGGUAUUAAUUCAUGAUUUGAUCUGAUUUGCAGCUCAAGUGAAGAAUAUACCUGUGGUGAUACAAAUUUUAGUUAUGACUCCUCAUAAACCUGCAUCUAUAAUUUUGAACAAUGCAAAUCAUUAAAAACUUGCAUAGCAUGACCUGUUGCUAUGGCUAACUUCACCACUGACAGUAUUAUAAUUAUACAAAAGCAAGAAGUUAUAAGCAUUGAAGAUAUUCAUAUAAAACCGCACAUGCCAAGAAAGUAGAAUUAGACUACUUUUAGCCACCCUUCGACUUUGUGCAAGAUGUUUGAUAUUCAAAUUGCCCUUUUCCUACCUCCUGAACAGGCGUCUUAGGGGCUGUUUGCAUGAUGGAAGGAACAAUGAUUUUGAUGUAUUGAAAUAUCAGUCACUAGGCUAAAUGAAAGUUCAAAUGCUUGUUAGCAGAACUCAAAUGUUGUAGGGAAGAUCGUGUGGUUCAAGAAAAAUCUCUAGAAAAUAGUGUAGUUUUUUGCUGAAUCAUGCACUGUGACGUAUUUAAGUACAUCAAAAUUCAAAAUCAUCUUGCCUCAUAUCUCGUGCUGGCAAAGCGGGAUCAUAUAAACAGCCCCUUAUUCAGCGAAUUGUGCAUGCUGCCUUUGAUCCCUUGGGGGUGAGGCAGCAUUUUCCUUGCAAUAGUAACUUCUAGUAUAAUAACUAAUCUUAGCUUGCUUGUACUGUAUGCAUUAUGACAACAGCAUAUUUAAAAGAGAAAAUAGAACUUAUUAGCAUUUUGAUAAGGUACAAUGUGUUUUUUGACUCUCCAUAUUAUAAUUAAGGGCCUUGAUAAUGCAUAAAAGCAAGAUUAUUUAUGUGAAGACUGCGGCCGACACUGAGUCCUCAAGUUUAAUGUUUUUAUUAAAUCAUUUUAAAUGUCAAAAUGAUGUAGAUAUUCAUGCACCCAUACAUGUCAAUUUUCAUGUACUGACUACUGAUCAAGUUUUUUUGAACAGCUUUCACAUGAAGGAUGUGUGGCUUUAGGCAGACAAGAAAUACACAACAUAUACAUUAUAAAAAAGUAACAUCACUACUAUUUUAUUUAAAACAAUUUCAGAUAAAAAGCCUGAAGUGUUAGAGAAUUUCUACCAUUCAUUAGUCUGUCAAACUUACAGCCAAGAUUACCAAAGUAAGUGUGGCAAAUAUUAAUUAAUAUGGCUUGCAUAUACAUAAUGUGCAAGCAAUAUAAUUAAUUAUCUUGUCCUAUAAUAAAUAGAACAUUCAACAAUGUAUAUAAGCUGAAAUCGUAAUACAAAAAAUCAUGGAAAUUCAAGUUGGGAUUUAAAUCAUUGAAACCAUAUAUCUUAACCCUUUCAUUCAUAAUGUCGUCAUCAAUACUUUUCCUCUUGCUUUUAAGGCUUUACAAAUCAAUUCACUUGUCAAAGGUGAAACCUUUUUUUAUAUCAAUGUAUUUUUUGCAAUUUCAUAUGGGAUUGUACAUGCAUUUUAGGCUGCAAAGAAAAGUGGAU